AUGAUUAAGAGGUUCCUUAAUCCAAAGUUAUGGAGGGCAAUCUUUAAGUUACCACCUGUUGGCGAUGCGGCUACAAAGACGACGACGACGACAAGUUCAGCACACCACCGCGCCCCCUCAGCACAUGAUCAAACACUCGACUCACUUAUCAAGUCAUCAGAGUCGUUGCUAGAGAAGAGCAAACGAUUCACCGAGCUUGGAAAGGUGCAUAUGACUGCCAUCGAUGACAAUGAACGCGCGACAGAGGAGAUCAAGCGCAGCGCAGAGAAAUACAUGAAGGAGACGGUCAUGCGCAGUCUGAAGCAGGUCGAGGAGAAGUUUGCCAACGUCGAGCUCGACAAGGACAUGAAUAUAGUGAUGCGCACAUCCGAUGGCAAUGGCGGCGUGCUCGACGACGACCCCAACACCAAGCAUAUAUACGAGAAGAUCGACCUGCUACUCAAGAUGGCUAAAGACUACAUGAUAGAGUCGGCCACAUUAGAUCGUGGCAAGCUAGUGGCUAUCGAGCGAGAUUACAAACUAAAGGUCAAGGAGUUGGUCAAAGACAUCGAGACAAACACUGCAAUGUCUAAAGAGGUGCGAGCCAACUUCCUGCGGAUAGUCGAUGGUCUUGAAGACCUAGGCUCAGACAGUAUUGCCAAGAGUAGUUAG